CCUUAAGUCGUACUCGCGCACCCAGCGGUGCGUGCACUGAAACCACCAGCUAGCUACCUACACCCUUUUCCAAGAUGAUUGUUCAUGGCGGGUUUUGAUUGACAGCACGAAUUCGGUACUUUGUUUUGUCCUCCUGAGCAUCUUGCAGAGUUUCCGUUCCUGUCGUUCCUCGCCUUGCUCGUCCCUUCGUUGAGCCAUCUUCCUCCACCAACCUGCCUAUCCGCCAUGUCAGGCACCAAGCGGAUUGAGAAGUGGGAAAUCGACCGUUACUGGGAGAUUUUCUCCUCGCUGGUCCAGCAGCCUGCCACACCUUCAUCGCGCCUCACAAAUCAAGCCGCAGCCAACGUCCUCCGGAAUUCGCAGCUGCGGGAUGACCAGCUCGAGCGUGUGUGGGAUCUGGCGGAUGUCGAUGGAGAUGGCGAGUUAGACUUUGAGGAGUUUUGCGUCGCCAUGCGACUCAUCUUCGAUCUUGUCAACGGCGAAUAUCAGGACGUGCCCCCCAGCUUGCCCGACUGGCUCGUCCCAGAGUCCAAGGCCCACCUGGUCCAGGCCAACCGUGCCUUGACUGGCCACCAACAGGCGCUGUUUGAGAGGAUCGAAGAUGACGAAGAAGACGCUGGAUUGAAAGAUGGCUUUGAUUGGUAUAUGAACCCUGGCGACAAGCGGAAGUACGAGGAGAUCUAUUCUGCAAAUAAGGACCGCAGGGGAGAGAUCAGCUUCGAGAGCCUGCACACACUCUACUCCAGCCUUGAUGUGCCGGAUACGGAUGUGCGGAGCGCGUGGAACCUCGUCAACACGAGUGGUCGAGACACCAUCUCCAAGGACGCCUGUCUCGCUUUCUUGCACAUUCUCAACUACCGUCACGAAGGCUUCCGGAUACCGCGUACUGUGCCGCCGAGCUUGAGGGCAAGUUUUGAAGGCAAUAAGAUCGACUAUCAGAUCGACAACGUCAGAAACAGACCGAACAAGUACGAUGAAGAGACAUCUACAGGGCGAAAGGCCAAAUUCGGAGACGCUUAUCUGAGCCGCAUUGGCGGGAAGGGCGGCUCUUCUUACCAGCCCAAGGGCACCGACUUCUCCGACGUGGUAGAGGACGAGGACCUGGAGAAGGUCAGACUUCUACGCGAGCUGCGCGAACUAGAAUCCCAGCACGAUGCCGCGAUCGCGGCCUCGGACCGAAGACGAAAGCAAAGACUGGAGAAUGGAGGUCCUAGACAACCCGGGAAAACGAACUGGACGUUAGUCAAGCGCGAGGCGCAGCAAAUGCUCGAGUACAAGCAACGACAAUAUGUCGAGCUAAACUCGGAAAACGGGAAUAAAUCAGGCGGUGAUUUGAAGAGACUGAGGGAUGAUCUUGCCUUGGUAUCGGAGCAAAUAGACGGACUCGAGUCGCAUUUGAGGAAACGAGAGGCAGAACUGGAAAACCUUCGCCGGGAAAUUGAGAACGAGAAGGCGAGCAGAUAACCAGCAGGUUUAUGCGAGCUGGAGAAAAGCAGAAAUGGACGGAUACAGUAAUUCAGACCGCUCAAAGGCACCAUUUGGUCCUCUUAAGAAGGUGCUCUGUACAUGUUGUACACAUUUGUACUCUCCAUUGCGAUUGCGGGCAAAACACAAGACGCCUCCACGAUCUGACUACCUCUCAGUCCGUACUUUUCGAAGACCGUCCGUGUUGAAUGUGUCGCCUCUCUUAAAAUUUGCUAAAUUGCUG